AUGCGCACGCGCCUGCGCAAGCUCGUACAGCGCGUUGAACGUCUCUUGCUGCACGACCUCAUCAUCGCGGUUGGCGGCGGCAAAGGCGGCGAGUAUGUCAUCAUCGCCCUGCUGGUCUCGCUCGACUUCGAGUCCAUCCUCUGCAUCGACAACUUUUUCUCCGCCGCCGCCGCGGCGCUCGAGUUCGUCGCCCUGAUCAAGCUGCGCGUGUCGCGGCCUGAGCUCGCACGGGCCUACCACAUCCCCCUGAGCGGCACGCUACCGCUCUCCCUAUUUCUCUCCCUCCCGAUCGCGGUUUCCCUCGCCGUAUGCUACGUGACGCUUGUCGAGGCCGCCGACUCUGCGGGAAUCAUCGUUUGCGGCUUGCUGGUGGGAGUCGCGCUGUACCUGCCGUUUGCGCUGGGCUGGGCUGGCGAGAUGGAUUCGCGAAGGCUAUCGCGCGCGGCCGCCGAGGUCUCUCCAAAACAGGCCCCAACUGCGACCGGCGCCCUCCUGGGGUUCCACUAUGGGAGCCAGAGGACCGUGAGUCGUGUGGGCGCGAUCUCGUCACGAAGAUCAUCCGGACUGUUCUGA